CGCUUAUGCUUCAGCAGUUUCCAACCGAGAAAUGCACUCGUUCCAGUCGUAGAAGAAGAGGUUUGGUUGGCUAGCUGCCAGUAAGCUCCGUACAAGACGCCAGCUAGGCUUCUGCAUCUUUGUAAUCGAUUGUACAAAGCUAACAUGGGUAAGAAACAACUGAACAAGUCCAAAAAAGAAGUGGAGGAACCCGAGGAGUUUGUAGUUGAGAAAGUGCUUGACCAGCGGGUGGUGAAUGGCAAAGUUGAGUUUUUCCUCAAGUGGAAAGGUUUCCCUGAUGAUAACACAUGGGAGCCUGAAGAGAAUCUUGACUGCCCUGAGCUGAUUGCUGCGUUCCUGGAGUCCCAGAAAGGUGUGGUGGAGAAACCAGACUCCAACAAGAGGAAGCCCUCCACAGAUGAGCCAGAGACAGAGGAGAGUAAAGCCAAGAAAAAGAAAGAAACCAAUGAAAAACCACGAGGGUUUGCCAGGAAUCUGGAGCCUGAGCGAAUCAUAGGGGCCACAGACAGCAGUGGAGAGCUCAUGUUCCUGAUGAAAUGGAAGGAUUCUGAUGAGGCAGACCUUGUGCCGGCUCGAGAGGCCAACACUCGCUGCCCCCAGGUGGUCAUUGCCUUCUAUGAAGAGAGACUGACCUGGCACUCCUGCCCAGAGGAUGAGCAGCAGUAGUUUUCCUAUGCUGAAGCUUCCUGGUCAUGUUUCUGGAGUUUCCCCUCACUGCAUGUUUGUGGUGGUGUAUUUUUGUUGCCAUCACCUGAGUUGACCAAUAGACAAGCCUUUAAUGGGUUUAAAACUGCUGUUAGUGUUAACACCAAGACGUGCAGUACAGAGAACUCCAGGGCUGAGAUGAGGU